AUUGAAAUACCAAUCGGUUCACGAAGGUGGAAAACUUUAGAACCCUCAUUCCAACAUCUGUAUUUAUUUUUCACGUUUCUACAAUUAUAAACACACUGAGAUCAUGUGGCUAAAAACGUGUACAGAUUCAUACACAAAGAUAGCUAUAUGCGUUUUAGGUAAUAUCACAAUGACUCACUAACCAUUAUACCAAAACCUGUUUCUUUUAUUAUCCUAAAAAACGCUCUGUUCAUCCGGGAGCAAAAUAUAAUCUAGUAUACACAAACAUACCUAAUUAGGUUUGUUUAUCAGACAUUACAUAAUAUUGUUACGUUCUCUAUCAUAGGCUUGUUUACUAGAUUCAUUGAAGCCCUUACUGUGCCAAGGUUGAAACAAAUAAGAUAACGGAUACUCGUCUUUCAGGUUAUCAUAACGCUCAAAACUAUUUAUAACAUUCUAAGCAGUAAACGAUAAUAACGAUCUAUUGCGGUAGGUCAUGAAUAGACAGCUGAUAAUAGAUUUUUUUGAUGAUUCAUUUCUGUAUGAAUAAAAAAUUCUUGAUAUAUCACUGAUCUCACUCAACAAACAACAAUAUACUUGCCUUUCUGUCUAUUUCUAAACACGUUUUUGCGCAUGCGUAAUUUGGUAUCGUAAACAUUGUUGAGCUCUGCGAUGUUUUGAUCCGCGAUCAUUUACCUUUUUAGCCUUGGAUUCAAGGCUACGGAUCAUUCUGUUUUCGCGUGAAACAUUCAACGUAUAAUGGAUUGUUUAUCUUUUUUGUCACAUAAAUCAAUCAGAAAAUCCUAGUUUAUGCUUCUACGUACGUCAAGUUGGUUGCAGUAGGGUUUUACCAUGUUAUUUCGGUUUGCAAGCGCUAAUUUUACUUACUUUUUAGCAUUAGUAGAUCGUAAACAUUGAUAAAAGCUAUUUGGGACCGCUAGAAGCUGGCAAAUGUUUUGAUGGAGCUAAAUGGACUUUCAACUAUUUCAUAGGCAUUCAAUUGAUCAGCUUGGCAUUGGUAUCAAUUAACGUCAUUGGUUUGAUAAGAGUAUUGUUGUUCGCGGUAUCUACGCAGCUUAUUUGAAGACUUAUAGCAAGGCCACCAUUUAAUCUUCUUAUCUAUCCUGUUUUUUUAUAGGCCCUCUAUUAAAUUGAAAGUCACAUUUAAAAUCUAGUUGGUCGUAAAUAAGAAAAUAAACAUGUUAAUGAUGUAAAAAAAUCUAACAUUCUAGAUUAAUAAAUGAAGAUUUGGAUUUUAUUGCUGAUCUUUAUUAUUACAUGACCAUAAACCGAUUUUCAAAUUUUGAGAUAAUUAAUAUCUAAUCUGGGCGAUAGAAACGAUAGCGACUAUCUUACGUUUCAGUCACACAUGAACAAAUUGGCUCUAAAAAUAUCUAUACAUGUGAUGUUUAUUUGUACGACGUCACAAGACGGAAACUUAUAAAAGGCAUAAAGUUGAGCCAAGAUAGACAAUUUGUUGUGCUUUUAAUGUAGUGAACUGGUCUAGAUAGAAUGGAAGAACAUUAUACAGCUAUUGUAUACGAAAAAUUGGGCACCUUCGUUUGGGUACCCAAUGAAUGGCCUUUUCGCAUAGAAAUAUUAUUGCUGGCCUUAACAGAGAGAAUAAUUGAACAUUUUAACUAUGUGAGUCCCAUUCUACAGAUAAACGAUGUACCAACCAGAUUAACUCGUCGCACUGAUACUACUGGAUUUUAUUACAUUUUCGAGAAAGUAUCUCAAGAAGAAACUGUUGAUGCUAAUGUCUACAAUGUAAAAGUACCUAAAGAUGAAGAAACUAUUAAGAUAGAAAUAAACAGCGGAAGAAAUUCGGGCUGUGAGACAUGGCCAAAUAACACGACGCGUGCCUUACCGGACGUUGCUAAAGUGUCGCAUCAGCCUUCUCCAAAAUCCUGUUGGAGCGCAAUGUCCAGUAAGGGUAGCAACAAUAGCAUACUUCGUCGACGAUUGCUCGGAAGUACUAAACAGUAAGUUUCUAACGGAUCAUAUCUAGUUCAUAACAACGUGGGUAGAAGUUUGGAAGACGUAUCAGUAACAUAAUGUAAUUAUUCAGCAGGACUUAUCAGCGGAAGCACAUUGGCGGCUUGCGCAGAAAAACAUUGAA